AUGGCCCAGACGCCCGCACAGGCGGACGCCACCGAACCCUCCAAGCCUGGUCCACCGAAUGAUAUCGAGAAGAGCAGCCCGAAGAUGGUUGGCGUGUCGACAGGACACGAGCACCACUAUGUUACGGCGACUCUGGCAAUCAUGUCCCAGUUUAAUUCGAUACAAAACCUCGUUCCAGCACCCCAGAUCCCCACCGCAAUGGCCAUUGUCCUUUUCUGCCAGCCGAUGGGCGACGCCGUGAUUCUGGUGGCUGCAAAUGCUAUCUUCAGCAACACUCUGCGAAAUGAGCUCCGGAAACACGUCGCCGAGACGGGUGUCGACGUGCCGACGUCAUAA